AUGCUCGAAUAUGGUCAAAUUUUCUGUUUUAUAUUUGCUGUCUCGGGCCAGGGGUUCCUCGCACGCGACAUAACCUUCGAGAACACGGCAGGCCCCACCAACCACCAGGCUGCCGCCCUCCGCAUAAACGCGGACCUGUCGGCCGUCUACCGUUGCACCAUCUCCGGCCACCAGGACACCUUGUACGUCCACUCCUUCCGUCAGUUCUACCGCGAGUGCGACAUUUACGGCACGAUCGACUUCAUCUUCGGGAACGCGGCCGCCGUCUUCCAGGCCUGCAACAUAAUCUCCCGACUCCCCCUCCCGGGCCAGGCCACAGUCGUCACGGCCCAGUCCAGGGACUCCCCUGACGAGCCCACCGGCAUCUCCAUCCAGAACUGCUCCAUUCUACCCACCGACGACUUGCAGUCCAAGUCGAGCACGGUCAAAAGUUAUCUGGGCCGGCCUUGGAGGAACUACUCAAGGACGGUGGUCCUCGAGUCGUACAUACACGAUUUUAUCAAUCCCCAAGGGUGGAGCAAUUGGGUCGAGGACCAGGGGCUGGACACGCUCUACUAUGGGGAGUAUGAAAACUACGGGCCGGGCUCAGGGACGGAUGGGCGCGUGGCAUGGGCCGGGUACCACGUCAUGGACUACGACGAUGCUUACAAUUUCACCGUGUCCGAGUUUAUUGCGGGGGAGGAGUGGCUGGACUCCACCUCCUUUCCUUAUGAUGGUGGCUUGUGA